GAAGCUUUCAGUAUGAGAGAAUCUUUAAUAAAAUAAAAACAGCAGUUCUCCAUUCUUUAAAAAGGAGUGUAAUAAUACCAUCAACAAUUUAAAACUACUUUAUUCUGUAUUAUUGGUCCAUGUGAACAGUUGUGUGUUUUUCUCGGUUUUAACCCACCAACUGAACAAUAAUGUGUUAACACUUCUCUUUCACUUCUUAACAAAGGUGAUAAAUAUCUACUUCCAUGUCUGGUCGGAUAAAAAUGGGACAGAGUUGUCAGGACCCCCCCCCGGUACAAACUGACAUGAUCUCCCUGUUAACAGUGAGAGGUGUGCUCAGGUGCAGGAGGAGCGGUUCUGCUGUGAAGCAGCUCAGCAUCAGGGGUCUGAAGCCGCUUCUUUGGACCUUCCACAGUCCAGAACCUGGGCUGCAGCUGCCUGGUUCCGAAAAUCAGAAAAUCUAAAACAUAUUUUUAAAUCAUAGACACAUCCAGGCGCACAGACGCGCCACGAACCCUGCGCCAUUUUCGGCCCUGACUGUGACGUCACUUCCUGGUGCCGUUGGGAAAGUUUCACUUUCUGUUCUGACUACCGGAGGUUCGGGUCCCGCAGGUUCGGAUCGAUCACCGCGCUGAAAGAACCGCAGCGGCGUCAUGGCCUUCAAGUACCCCGCAGCCCGGAGAGAUCCCGCCAAGGUGGAUGAUUAUCACGGAACCAAGGUGUCGGACCCGUACGCCUGGCUGGAGGACCCGGACAGCCCAGAGACCACGGCCUUCGUGGAGCAGCAGAACCAGCUGACCAUGCCGUACCUGGAGAACUGCGGCGUCCGGGCCCGCUUCCAGCAGCGCCUCACCGAGCUCUACGAUUAUCCCAAAUACAGCUGCCCCUACAAACGAGGAAGCCGGUACUUCUACUUCCACAACAAAGGCCUCCAGAACCAGGACGUGCUGUACGUGCAGGACUCCCUGGAUGCUGCGGCCUCCGUCUUCUUUGACCCCAACACGCUGUCUGAAGACGGAACCGUGGCUCUGAAGAUGGGCCGGCUGUCCGAGGAAUGUGAAUACUUUGCCUACGGCCUGAGCAGCAGCGGGUCCGAUUGGGUCACCCUGCGCUUCCUGAAGGCCGACGGCCUCACGGAGCUGCCCGACGUUCUGGAACGGGUCAAAUUCAGCUGCCUGGCCUGGACCCAUGAUGCCAGGGGCGUCUUCUACAACUGCUACCCCCGUCAGGAAGGAAAGGCCGACGGCACAGAGACCACGGCCAACAUGAACCAGAAGCUCUACUACCAUGUGAUCGGAACCAAGCAGUCCGAAGACGUUCUGGUGGCGGAGUUCCCGGAUCAGCCCAGAUGGCACAGCUCGGUUACCAUCUCGGAUGACGGCCGGUACGCGGUUCUGUCCAUCACUGAGGGCUGUAAGCCCGUCAACCAGCUGUGGUACUGCGACCUGCAGGAGCUGCCGGACGGGAUCAAAGGACUGCUGCCGUGGGUCAAGCUGGUGGACAACUUUGAGGCCCAGUACUCGUACGUGACCAACGAAGGGAGCGUGUUCACCUUCCGCACCAACCUGGACGCCCCUCGGUACCGCGUCAUCAACAUCGACAUCCAGAACCCGGACAGGCAGAACUGGACCACGCUGAUCCCGCAGCAUGAGAAGGACGUCCUGGGCUUCGUCUCCUGCGUCCACCAGUGCCACCUGCUGGUCAACUACGUCCACGACGUGAAGGACGUCCUGCAGCUCUUCCACCUGCCCAGCGGACGCCGCCUCAGGGAUCUGCCUCUGGACGUCGGCACCAUCGCCGGCGUCAGCUGCAAGAAGAAGCACUCCGAGUUCUUCUACAAGUUCUGCUCCUUCACCACUCCAGGGAUCAUCUACCACUGUGACCUGAGCCACUCCAGCCCGGAGCCACGCAUCUUCAGGGAGGUGGAGGUCAAGGGCAUCAACCAGGAGGACUUCCAGACCAGCCAGGUUUUCUACCCCAGUAAGGACGGAACCAGGAUCCCCAUGUUCUUGGUCCAUGCCAAGAACCUGAAGAAGGACGGAACCAAUCCGGUGUUCCUGUACGGGUACGGAGGCUUUGAGGCCUCCAUCCAGCCCUACUACAAUGUGGCCUACCUGCUGUUUGUGAGACACCUGGGGGGAAUCCUGGCCGUGGCCAACAUCAGAGGAGGCGGAGAGUACGGGCUCACCUGGCACAAAGCCGGAACCUUGGAGAACAAGCAGAACUGCUUCGACGACUUCCAGAGCGCGGCCGAGUUCCUGAUCCAGGAGCGCUACACCACGGCCAGCCGGGUCGCCAUCAACGGAGGUUCUAACGGCGGCCUGCUAGUCGCGGCGUGCAUGAUCCAGCGGCCGGAGCUGUUCGGCUGCGUGGUGGCCGAGGUGGGGGUUCUGGACAUGCUCAGGUUCCACAAGUUCACCAUCGGCCACGCCUGGACCACCGACUACGGCUGCUCCGACGACCCGGCCCAGUUCCACUGGCUCAUCAAGUACUCUCCUCUCCACAACCUGCCUGAGCCGCCGUACCGCGGCCCCCCGUACCCGGCGGUGCUGCUGCUGACGGCGGACCACGACGACCGCGUGGUGCCGCUGCACACGCUGAAGUUCUGCGCCGCCCUGCAGCACGGCGUGGGCAGCAGCCCGCAGCAGCGGCAGCCGCUGAUGGUACGCGUGGACACCCGCAGCGGGCACGGCGCCGGCAAGCCCACCGCCAAGGCCAUCCUGGAGGACACCCACGUCUUCGCCUUCAUCGCCCAGACGCUGGGACUCAGCUGGGCCGACUGAUGGACCGGGCCGCUGCCGGGGGUCCUCACUCACAGGUUCUAGGUUCUGAAGGCAAACCUGCUGAUUCUGUUGAAACCUUUCAAUAAAACUCGUCUGACCCGGA